UGAAUAUUGGUGACAACGGUACGACCCAAGCAAUGUCACCUUUGCCUCCUGGUGCAGAAGAAAUUAGUCAAAAAUAAUUAGAAGAAGUUCUGCAUGAAGAUGGUGGGAUCAAAGAAAUUACCUACAAUAAUACCUAAUUAGUUCAAUACGGAAUGACAUGCCUGAUCAGUCUGCCGAGGAUAUUUAUAGCAAUCAUCCUAGUACAUUUUCUUUGGAAGUGCCUUCUAGUUUCGAAAAUUCACCAUUAAUACAACUUGAAGAGCUGUUAGAUGUUUCUCAUCACAGGUCUACCCCAGUUAAUUCAGAAUUAUCAGUGCCAACUCCUAUGCCGUCUCCUACUAAUGUCCAUUCAAUCUGCGAUAGCUCAUUCUGUCCUAAUCAUGGAGACAAUUGCUCUGUCAUGUCUUCGUCUUCAUUUAGCACCACAAAUUCGCUUGCUACUUCGAACUCAAGUGGUCGCACCUUAACUCUUAAAACUACUAGAAAACGACAAAGAUGCCCAGAAGAAUGGACAAACCUUAAACGCAAAUGCCUUAAGAACUUAGGUAAGAAAUAUGUUACAAAAAAGGGGAAAGCUGUAGACGAAAAAACGAUGAGGCCAUCAUGCAAGUGCCGUUAUAAAUGCUCUGAUAAAAUAUCUCACCAACAGCGGUUGAACUGCUUCACAAAAUUUUGGCAAUUGGGUGAUCGAGCUAAGCAGUGGAAUUUUAUCAUCAAAUAUUCCGAUAAAAUGAAGAAGAAAAGAUGCCUGAAUCAGGAUACUCCUAAUAAUAGGAAAUAUACUUAUAAGUAUUACCUGCCACUGAUUACAGGUUCUAGCGAAUCGCACUGCGCGAAGGAAGAAGUAUGCCAAACUAUGUUUAUUAAUACUCUUGCCGUUUCAACUCGUAUCUUGAAGACUGCAUGGAAGAAGUACGACGGAAGCGCUAUUGUGGAAGAGGACCGACGGGGUCGCCACGACAACCAUAAGGUCGUUUUAGAUGACGCCAUGAAAAAAAGUGUUUGUGACCAUGUUCGUGCAUUUGCUCCUGUUGAGUCACAUUACAUACGCAAGAAUAGCCAAAAACUCUUCCUAGAAGGCAACUUAAGUAUUGCCAAAAUGUUUAAGUGGUAUCUUGAAUGGUUUAAUCCUGAAAAAUACACCUCCAAGGCAACAACAGUGCGCCAGUACCGUGAUAUUGUGAACUCAAACUUCAAUCUAGCUUUCCAUAUUCCCAAAAAGGAUCAAUGCGAUGAAUGUCACGUUUUCCGGUUGAAAAAUAAUCCAACGGACCAAGAAAAAGAAACUUUUCAACAACACCGGACUAAUAAGAAGGUCUCAAGGAAUUUAAAAAGCCAAGAUAAAAAAGACGCUGAAGAAUCAAAUGGAAACAUGGUUGCUGCUGUGUUUGAUUUUGAAAAAGUAUUGCAGUGUCCUCAUGGCAAUAUUAACAUAUUUUAUUAUAAGAGAAAACUGUCUUCUUUUAAUUUCACGGUUUUUGACAUGGGUAAAAAGAAGGCCGUUUGCUAUAUGUGGGACGAAUCUGUGGCAAAACGUGGCGCAAAUGAGGUUGGUAGUUGCCUCUUAGAUUUUGUUAAGACAAAUGUUGACCAAGGGACCAAAGAAUUUCGAUUCUGGUCAGACAACUGUGCUGGGCAAAAUCGAAACCGUUUUGUAUUUUCAUUGUACGUAUACGCGGCAAAAAAGUUCAACAUAUGCCUAACACACCGGUUUUUACAAAAAGGACACAAACAAAAUGAGGGGGACAGUGUCAUCGAGAGAGCUUCUCAAACCAGGACUAUCUACACCCCUAAUGAAUGGCGUUUAUUAGUAAGAUGGGCCAAGAAUGAAGGAGAAUCCUAUGUUGUCCGAAACGUAACCCAGAAUGACGUAUUUGACUUUAAAAGCCUUGUUAAUAAUAAGGUUUGGAUGAAAGACAUUAAGGGCAAAAAGAUUAACUGGAACAACAUUCGAGAAGUUCAUGCAGAUGGUAGUGAUCCUAACAAAUUGUUUUUUAAAUAUGACCUUACUCAACCUGAUUACAAUAUUUUAGUGAUUCGCGGUAAUACAAGAAACUCGGUACAAACUGAACUAAAACCUGCAUAUUCUAAACCAAUUAUGAUUCCUGCUGCUAAAUAUAAAGACUUAAUGGAUAUGUGCCGCUCAGAAGUGGUUCUCUUGGAGUAUCAUCCUUACUUUAAUUCUUUGCCACAUCACACCACUGUUGAUGUUUCUGAAGAAUCGGAUGAUGACCUAUCAGAAUAAGAAAUAUUUUAGAUAUUUUUUUAUGCUUCUUGAUAGGGCUGAAUUAUACCUCUACAUACUAUGACCUACUGAUUUAGCAAAAUAAUGUUAAUUGUCAUAAGUACUCAAUUAAGAAUUUUAAUUAUUGUCUAUUUACAAUUUCACUGCUAUUAUUGUAUGUUCACCUACGUCUAGGUAUACAGGGUUACAGGAAAAGUCGUGCUAGAUCCGUUAAGGGAGUAGAGUACUCAUCAUAUCUGACUUAUUUCACCAUGAAACACCCUACCCUAAACUUAACCCUUUUCGAGAUAUUCGACUUUUAAACUUUUUAUUGAAAAUUGACGAUUUUUAGGCUACUAAAUUUAAUUUUGUUUAUUUUGUGUGACUUAUUA